UCUGUUAGUUUUACCUUACAUGAACGCUAAAUAAAUCUCCGUUUUCGACAUCUGGUACAGAUAUCAAUCUUGUAGCACAACUCCUUGAUACAGGCAAUCUGGUAAUCAAGAAUGGAAAUGAAAUUGUUAUUUGGCAAAGUUUUGAUUACCCUGGAGAUACCUGCAUACCAGGAAUGAAGUUGGGCAAGAACUUCAUAACUGGAAGAGAAACAAACCAGACAUCAUGGAGGAGUGCAGAUGAUCCUUCCCCAGGUGAGUAUACAUUAAGUAUUUCAGCGGUUAAGGGUGAAUAUCGACAAGUAUAUAUUAGGAGAAGCUCUGUUAUUACAACAAGGAUCGGGCCAUAUAAUGGCGUUACAUUUUCUGGUCGGGAAAACUAUGCGCCUGAUGCUAGUCCGGCUAGCAUUUCUUACGUGAUUGAGAAUCAGAACGAGAUAUAUAUCACUUUCAUUACUAGUAGUAACACCACCACAUUAAGAUCAGCAUUAACUCCUGACGGCAAACUCGAGAUCUUGCAGCUAAAAUUUCACAAAAUGUAAGAGAUCAUAUGAUGCAGAGAGAGAAGGCAAGUGAUAUUGAUCUGAAUUGCUAUUUGUAUGUUGAACAUAUAAGUUAAUACCUUAUGAUCAGUGUUACAUUAUCGUAUUUUCUAGGUACACCUAAAAAGACCCUUAAUAAAGAUUACAAAGGUAAUGACAGCCAGAUAGGAAGCGCAGAGGUUCUGUCGUUUAGCUUUGCUAAAAUUUCCAGGGCUACCGAUGACUUUUCGAUCGACAACAAGCUGGGAGAAGGCGGGUUUGGACCAGUAUACAAGGGUGUACUCGAAGAAGGACAAGAGAUAGCUGUGAAGAGACUAUCAAAUUCUUCUCAACAAGGGCUUGUUGUAUUCGAGAAUGAAGUUAUAUGCAUUGCUAAACUUCAGCAUCGGAAUCUUGUGAAGCUCUUAGGAUAUUGCAUUCAAGGCGUUCACAAAAUGUUAAUUUAUGAAUACAUGCCUAACAAAAGUCUUGACAGUUUUUUAUUUGAUGAAUCAAAGAAGUCGUUACUUGAUUGGCCACAACGCUUCCACAUAAUUCAUGGGAUAGCUCGAGGUCUUCUCUAUCUUCAUCAAGAUUCCCGGCUUAAAGUUGUACAUAGAGACUUGAAAGCAGGGAAUAUUUUACUUGAUCAUCAGAUGCGUCCAAAGAUAUCAGACUUCGGUUUGGCCAGAAUAUUUAAAGAAGAUGAGGGUGAAGCAAAUACAAAGAGAGUCGUGGGAACUUUGGGCUACAUAUCUCCAGAGUAUGCAAUGAAAGGUCUCUUCUCGGUGAAGUCAGAUAUUUCAGUUUUGGGGUUUUAGUGUUGGAAAUAGUGAACGGGAAGAAAAAUAGAGAUUUUGUUCAUGAAGACCGUGACGAUAGCCUUCUUGGACAUGCAUGGAGACUUUACAGUGAAGGCAAGUAUGUCGAUCUAAUUGAUGAAUGUUUGGGUACAUCCUAUUUUGCUUGUGAAGUGAUGCGAUCAAUACAUGUUGGCCUAUUGUGUGUGCAACACCGAGUAGAAGAUCGGCCCGACACAUUGUAACACCCUAGUUAUUAUUUUAAAGGUUUUCGUAUAAUUUACGAAAACAAACAUGUAUUUAAGGUUAAGUAUCCUUAGAAAAUUUCGAGUAAAUUAAAACUUUUACAAUUCAUAAGUUAUUCUACAAAACGUGAUCGAAUUCGUUGUUUAAAAUAUACAACGUGGCAAAGUGCGGAAGCAUGUAACUAUAUCGUGUUCGGUUCUUCGAUGAGCUUGAUCGUCUCUCGGCAUCCAAAAUGAACCUACAUUUCAUAAACAUGAAAUGCUUUAGUCAUACGUGGAUUGAAAUAAAUCUAAACAAAUCCGGUAAUGG